AGUGUCUGGGCAGGAGGCAGAGGGCGCCGGAUCGGGGCGGCGCUGGCUGCAGUCGGGGCAGAAAAGGGUCGGCGGCGGUAGCAGAGAGCAGCUCCUGUCAGCGCACGAGGCAGGGGUCCCUCCCGCGACAGGCAGGCAGGCAGGCGGCCGGCCCCGCCCAGCCUGGCGUCUCCCCCCUCCCCGCCCACCCAUAUCCCACUCAGGAGGGGUCGGGGGGCAGGAGAGCGCUUCAAAGCUCGGCCCGAAGACGGCGGCAGGAGCAGCGGCGCGAGAAGCCCUCCCACCGCCGCCGCCUCCCGCUCCGUCUCCCCCCCUCCGCUUCCCCAGCAGCAGCUCCCUGCCGGCUCGCCGCCGCUGCCGCCGCCGCGCUCCAGCAACCCCGGUCGCUCUCCCGGGCUCUCGGUCGCGCAAGAGCCGGGGCGGGUGUCUCAGGGGACGAUGCUCUGGCUCUUGGGCAGCUCCUGGGCGGUGGCUCCCUUGCUCGGCUCCUCAGGGCUAGUCUUUGCCGGCUGGCUGUGGCUGCCCCACCUUGGACUCCCUGUGACGCUGGCGUCUUCCUUCCUGACAGGAUCUGUUGCAAAAUGUGAGAAUGAGGGGGAAGUUCUACAGAUCCCGUUUAUCACAGACAACCCUUGCAUAAUGUGCAUAUGCUUGAACAAGGAAGUGACAUGCAAACGCGAGAAGUGUCCUGUACUUUCGAAGAUGUGUGCUCUGGUUAUUAAGCAGAGAGGAACGUGCUGUGAGAGAUGUAAAGGUUGCAGUUUUGAAGGAAGUUCAUACAACAGCUCAAUGUCAUGGCAGACUCCAGAUCAACCCUGUGUCACACAACAGUGUCAGGAAGGAGUGAUAACAGAAUCUGAGGUUCAGUGUAUUGUUCAUUGUAAAAACCCUUACAAGCAACCAGGGGUGUGUUGCCCCACAUGUCCAGGUUGCACACUUGAAGGUAGAUAUUUCUCUGAAGGUGAGGAAUUUCAGCCUGACGGGAACAAAUGCAUCUCAUGUACUUGUAUUGGUGGAAGGACACAUUGUAUACAGGAAGUAUGCCCCGUUCUUUCAUGUCCCCAACAUCUGAGUCACACUCCUUCUGGACAGUGUUGCCCAAAAUGUGUAGGGCAAAGGAAAGUGUUUGAUCUCCCAUUUGGAAGUUGUCUCUUUCAUAGUGAUGUUUAUGACAAUGGAGCCUCCUUUAUGUAUGACAACUGUACUAAGUGUACAUGCAGGGAUUCCACUGUGGUGUGUAAGAAAAAAUGCUCCCCUCCUGGAGGCUGCAUCAAAGGCGGAGAAGAGUGCUGCAAAGAGUGCAUCUCCUAUGUGUUGCCUGAGGAAACAAAAGUGUGCAAGUUUGGAAACAAAGUCUUCCAGGACGGAGAGAUGUGGUCCUCUAUUAACUGUACCAUCUGUGCUUGUGUGAAAGGCAAGACAGAGUGUCGCAAGAAGCAGUGUAUUCCAGUCAGCAGCUGCCCUCACGGAAAGAUCCUCAACCGAAAAGGAUGCUGUCCCAUUUGCACUGAAAAGCCUGGAGUUUGCACUGUAUUUGGAGACCCCCACUACAACACUUUUGAUGGACGGACGUUUAACUUUCAGGGAACAUGUCAGUAUGUUUUGACAAAGGACUGCUCCUCCUCUACCUCACCCUUCCAGCUGCUGGUAAAGAAUGAUGCCCGAAGGACCCGUUCUUUUUCCUGGACAAAAUCUGUAGACCUUGUGCUGGGCAGCAGCACUGUCAGCCUCCAUCAGCAUCUCACAGUGAAGUGGAAUAGGACUCGCAUUUCUCUACCAUAUGAAACACCACAUUUUCACAUUGACUUGGAAGGAUAUCUGCUGAAAGUGACAACCAAAGCAGGACUGGAAAUCUCUUGGGAUGGAGACAGUUUUGUUGAAGUCAUGGCUGCCCCUCAUCUUAAGGGUCGGCUUUGUGGUCUGUGUGGCAACUACAAUGGACACAAGAGAGAUGAUCUGAUCGGUGGUGAUGGUCAUUUUAAGUUUGAUGUGGACGACUUUGCUGAGUCUUGGCGUGUGGAAUCAAAUGAAUUUUGUACUCGUCCUCCAAAGAAACAGUUUCCUGAAUUGUGCCAAGGAAACGUGAGAGUAAAACUACGUUCUCAUCGGGAAUGCCAAAAGCUUAAAGCAUGGGAUUUUCAGAUUUGCCACUCAACUGUGGACUACACUAUGUUUUAUCGGUCCUGUGUGACAGAUAUGUGUGAGUGCCCAGUCCAUAAAAACUGCUAUUGUGAGUCAUUUCUAGCCUAUGCCAGAGCCUGUGAGAGGGAAGGUCUGAAGGUCUAUUGGAAACCUGAAGAAAAUUGUGCUGGAACCCAAUGUAAACACGGUGCAGUUUAUAACACAUGCGGUCCUGGUUGUGCGAAGACUUGUGACAACUGGAAUGAGAUUGGUCCAUGUAAUAAGCCAUGUGUUGCAGGAUGCCACUGUCCUGCCAACCUAGUCCACCACAAGGGAAGAUGCAUCAAACCCACUCUCUGUCCACAGCGGUGACAUUGGCUGUUACUCCAAGGACAUGGAACCUGAUGUCUUGAGUCCCUUUCGAAGCUCAUAGCCAAUAAGGACUGCAGAGUUUGUUGGCAGAUCUUGCAAAACACUCUUCAAAAGAGAGAAGGAAAUGUGUGUGCCUAUGAAUGUAUAUGUCUAUAUGGAAAUGUACACCAAUACAAGCAUAUAUGCAGCUGUAUAUAUACUGUGUGUGUGUGAGAGAGAGAGACAGAGGGUGUAUGCAGAAAGAGCAGAUGAAAAAAUUAAAUUGCCCUAUCCCUUAGCAUCAGUGAACUAAAGGAAAUGGUCAUGGCAUCUGCUACCCACCAGCACUGUGUGAAGGCCCAUGUGAAGAAGCCCCAAACCAUUGUUAAAUCUAACUGGCAUAGCAUGACCUUACCAUGUGACGCUCAGUUCGGCAAGAGGCUCUUCCUCACUUCUGUGGGUUUUCUGCAUCAGAUUAAAUGUAUACAGGUUAUGUUCCAUCACAAACCAUUUCCGCAGUCAGGGUGUGGAAAGAAGGUAACUCCAAGGUUUAAAUAUAUAUUACUAUAUAUACAUAAAUAUACAUGUGCACAUGCAUAUGAAAAUAUGCAUCAUUUAUAUCAAUCAUAGAAGGACGAAUUAUUAUAUGUAUAUAUAUUUUUUGCUAUUAAGUUUAUGUAUUAGUAUUUAUCUGCUCCUAGGCUGUAGACCAGUGUUUCUCAACCUUGGCAACUGUAAGCUGUGUGGACUUCAACUCCCAGAAUUCUACCUGGGGAAUUCUGGGAGUUGAAGUUCACACAGCUUAAAGUUGCCAAGGUUGAGAAACACUGCUAUAGACCAUGUGAAUCUUUUGUAUAACUCAAUUAGACAUUCAGUGGCAAGAAAGUACCCACUGGAAAAGCAAAUUGUUUUCAAUUCUAUUCAUUUUCCAGUCCAUACUUUGGCUAAAUUUUAGAUUUAUCCAAGACUUACUAAUAAUUUCUUCCAGAGGAGUCUUGGAUACAAGUUGAAGUAUUUUAAUAAAGAAAACCUGACAAUGCAUAUUAAGCUUCAUCAGCAAAUUUAAAUGUUGCCCCAGGCAUGUGGGAGCCACUUAGAGUAUGAUAAGGAUGGUAACAUUUAAAUCCUACAAUCCCAUCGAAAGCCAUUGGCCUGUUAAGUUAUAUAUAUAGCACUGUGCUGUAAAAGUAAAAAUAUUUUCCAUUUAA